AUGCUAUCUGGUUACUUGUUUAAAAAUAUCCGCACAACACAACGAUUGCUUAGAAAUUUCUCAUCGGACGCCAAGUUCUUCAAGGUGAGAAAGCCUUCUAGAAAGCAGAAUAAAUUGGGUCUCGAGAAGGAAAAGAGGCGAAAAAACAAGCUUCAAUCAACCCAGUUUUUUUAUAUAGCGGCGCGCGCGCGAUCUCCAUACCAGGAAGUCGAAGUAGUCUCGAAUAAUCGAAAAGCUCCCCUCCAAACCCAAAGAAAAUCUAUCGCACCUCGUUUCGAGAAGAAGACACGACAGAAAAUCUCGGAUUAUCUCAAGCAAAUGGCGACUCCUGAAAUUGAAGCGCAACUUGCGCCACUCCGCGCAGCUGUCAAAGAAUAUGGAGACUUGAUCCGUGACUUGAAGGCAAAACAAGCCCCAAAAAUCGAUAUUGAUAAGGCUGUCGUCGAGUUGAAGGCCAGAAAGAAGCUUCUCGAGGAAACCGAAAUCGCGUUGGCACCGAAGGAAGCCUCUUUCGAUCGUUUGAAACUUGAGGAUCUUCUGAAAAGACGCUUCUUCUAUGAUCAAUCCUUCGCCAUUUAUGGUGGUGUCACCGGUCUCUAUGACUUCGGUCCAAUGGGAUGUGCUCUCAAGGCUAAUAUGCUUCAACAGUGGAGAAAACACUUCAUUCUGGAGGAGGGUAUGCUUGAGGUCGACUGCACUUCAUUGACUCCAGAACCAGUGUUGAAAGCAUCUGGACACGUGGAUCGGUUUGCUGAUUGGAUGGUGAAGGACACCAAGAAUGGAGAGUGCUUUCGUGCGGAUCAUUUGAUUAAGAACAGUAUUGAGAAGUUGAUGAAUGUGAGUAAAAUAGACAAGAAAGUGUCUGCUGAGAUCAAAAAAGACGGUGAAGAUGUGCUGGCUCGUCUCGAGGGAUUCGAUGAUAAGGAUAUGCAUGAAGUUAUCACUAGAUUCAAGUUCAAGUCUCCAAUCACCGGAAACGAUCUCACCGAGCCGAUCGCUUUCAAUCUGAUGUUCCCAACUCAAAUCGGUCCAACCGGCGAUUUCAAAGCAUUCCUUCGCCCGGAAACCGCUCAAGGAAUCUUUGUGAACUUCAAGCGAUUGUUGGAGUUUAAUCAAGGAAAACUUCCAUUCGCUGCUGCUCAAAUCGGUCUUGGAUUCAGAAAUGAGAUCUCGCCAAGGCAGGGCCUCAUUCGUGUUCGUGAAUUCACAAUGUGCGAGAUUGAGCAUUUCGUCGAUCCAGAGGAUAAGAGAUUCCCAAAGUUUGCAAAGGUUGCUGAUGAGAAGCUCGUUCUUUUCUCGGCAUGCAAUCAAUUGGAUGGUGCUCCAGCUAGAGAAGUCGCCAUUGGAGAGGCGGUGGCUAAUAAAACCGUAGCCAACGAGACCCUCGGUUACUACAUGGCCCGUUGUCAUCAAUUCCUCAUGAAAGUCGGUAUCGAUGGUCGUCGUCUCCGCUUCCGUCAACACUUGUCCAACGAGAUGGCUCACUACGCCCAAGACUGCUGGGAUGCCGAGAUUCUGACCUCCUACGGCUGGAUCGAAUGCGUUGGUAACGCCGACAGAGCCUGCUACGAUCUCCAACAACACUACAAGGCGACGAAUGUGAAGCUUGUGGCGGAGAAGAAGCUUCCAGAACCAGUUGACGUCGAUAUUGUAGAGGCACAAGCCAACAUGGCUCUUCUCGGAAAGAAGUAUAAGAAGGAGGCGAAGAAGAUCCAAACCGCUCUCCAACAGCUUACCAGUGAACAAGUCACUGCUAUCGAAGCCGAGCUUGUUGCCAAGCAGCUCUACAAUUUGGAUAUCAAUGGAGAGAAGUUCGAAUUGGCACCUGAUCUUGUCAAUAUUAAAAAGUACUCCAAGAAGAUUCAUGUUCAAGAGAUCACUCCAUCAGUCAUUGAGCCAUCUUAUGGUAUUGGAAGAAUCAUGUACGCCCUUUUGGAGCACUCAUUCCGUCAAAGAGAAGGAGAUGAGCAGAGAACAUUCUUGGCAUUCAAGCCACUCGUCGCCCCUAUCAAGUGCUCAAUUCUCCCGAUUUCUGCCAAUGAUACGUUGGUACCAGUGAUGGAUGCUGUUAAGGAGGAGCUUUCUCACUAUGAGCUUAGCUACAAAGUGGACGACAGCUCUGGAACCAUCGGUCGCCGCUACGCUCGUACCGACGAAAUCGGUAUUCCAUUCGGUAUCACCGUCGACUUUGAAUCCGGAAAGACCACUCCAUACACUGUGACGAUUCGCCACGCGGAGACAAUGUCGCAGAUUCGGCUGGAGGUCUCGGAGCUCGGAAGACUGAUUUCGGAUCUGGUCAGUGGCCGGCAACAAUGGAGUGAUGCGCAGGCAAAGUAUCCAAAGUUCGAAGCGAGUGCUGAAUAA